UAUUAAGCAAUUAUGGAUUAUGAGAAAUGGGUAUCAUUGGGAGAGAGGCUUGGGUUGAAGGACGGGGAUUUACGUGAUUAUGUUCAAAAGAAAGAAUCAGAAUAUCUUGAUAGAGAAGAGAGAAAUAUUAGACGUGAAGAAGAUAAACGGCGAUUUGAGGCCGAGCGUAAAGCAAAAGAAGCUGAACGUGAAAUCGAACGUCUAGAAAAAGAAGCCGAACGUGAGGAAAAGAAACGUUUAUUUCAAGCUGAAGUAGAGAUGAAAAUGAAAGAGCAAGAAAUAGAAUUAAUGAAGUUAAAAAUCGAGGCUGGGGAUCGCCUUGAUACCCCGUCUAGCACCGGUUUGAGGCCAAGAUUGCCUAAAUUUGAAGAGUCAAAAGAUGACAUAGAUGCUUAUAUAGAGCGUUUUGAAAGGUUCUCCAUUAGUCAAGGAUGGAAAGAAGAUACAUGGGCAAUAAGCUUAAGUUCUUUAUUAACCCAUUACUUCAUGACGUCUCACAAUAAUGGGUUAACGGGGAAAGGUCUUGAAGUUUACACUAGUAUGCCUCCUGAGCAAGCAUCAGACUAUCAAGAAUUAAAAACAGCAGUUUUGAAAAGAUACCAAUUAACAGAAGACGGUUUCAGAACGAAAUUUAGAGAGAGUAAGCCGGAACAAGGAGAGACUGUAAACCAAUUUAUGGCUCGAUUAGAUAGGUACUUCAGUAGAUGGACAGAAAUGGCCGACGCUGCGGAUACAGUAGAUAAAUUGAAAGAUCUUAUUAUUAGAGAGCAAUUUGUCAAAGUUUGUUCAACAGAGCUAGCUCUUUUUCUUAAGGAACGAAAGCCAAAGGAUCGUAGAGAUGUCAUCUCUUUGGCUGAACAAUACUUAGAGGCUCAUGGCGGUACAAUUACAAAUAGUAAAAGCUCAAAAGUUGCCAAUUUUUCAAAUAAAUCACCAAUACGCCUUAAUCAAGGUAAUCUAUUAGAGGGUCAUGUGGCCAGAGAUUGUCGAGAUCAGACUAAGAAAAGAUAUGGGGUUGCUGCAAUGUCAUAUGGAGAGCAAAAUAGAAAUUACUUUAAAACAAAUCGGGAUUCUUCACCAAGGAACUGGUGUAGUAGGCCUGGAGGAAAUAGACGUGAUGGUAGAUUAGAUGAUAAGAAAGUAUCGGGGUUAUGUAUGUCAAUUUCUCCAACAAGUUCUUAUGAUGGUUGUAUUGAAGAGGGGAAACUUAAAUUAGCUAAUGGUAAUUCUGUGCCUGUCAUUACAAGUAGCUGUACAAUUGAAGGUGAACGUCAACUGGAUCUGAAACUAGGAUAUGUUGGUAAUCAAGAGGUGAAAGGUCUUAGAGACACUGGUUGCGAGUUAGCAGUAGUUAGAAAGAUGUUAGUGGAAGAAGAUCAAAUGCUGAAUAAAAAUUGUGUCAUGAUAGCAAUAGAUGGUCGGGCCAGGGUGUACUGUGAUAAGCCAAAUGAGAAGUGGGUUAGCCGAGAAGUAACAAACAUAGCUGCUGUUGUUACUAGAGCACAGGCCGAGAAAGAGAAGAAAGCAAUGAAACCUCUUAAAGUCCCAAAGGUCGAAGAUAAACGAAAUUACGUUGAUUAUGCUACACGUUACCCAGAAGCUGUUGCUUUAAACCAAGAAAUUGAGACUGAAAAUAUAGCUGAAGCAUUGUUAGAUGUUUUUGCAAGAGUAGGUUUCCCAUCAGAAAAUACUUAG